UAAGAGAACGGUAUACACGAAUUCGACAAAUACUGAGUCACCUUGAAAUCUGAUAAUUAUACGGUAUAUAAUAAACAUCACCAGAGUAAGUAUUAGAAAAAAUUAAAAGUUCACUCAGAAGUCUGAUACUGUAUAAUUUUAGGGUACAAUAAGCUUGAGCUAGCACAUGCUUUAUAACCUCAAUAAACAUAAACAUAAGUGGCGAGGGACCGGAAGGAUGUCAUAAAUGCACUUAAAAUAAAUAUUCUUAGUCUGUUUUUAAUCUCUUAUCAACAUGGGCAUUCACCUGGAUCUACUCGCCUUUAUUCUGAUGUUGGAAUACAUUUCAGUUGACGGAUUGAAAUGUUUGAAAUGUAACACUGUCCAGCAUGGAUCUCUUUGCGGACCUGAUGCCACUUUUCUGAAGACCAACUCCUCCAUGAUAGAAGAAUGUCACGUGACAUGUAGAGUCAGUAAAAUCACAGCACCCAGUGGAAACAAAGUGUACCUGCGAGGCUGUUCAAAUACAAAGAAAACUGGGUGUGUAUCACGAAACUUCACAUCAUUUGGAAACAAAAAACUUCCGGGUCAUCUCUGUCAGUGUAACCUUGACCUUUGCAAUACGGACUUCAACGUUGAAAGCAAGAGUCGUCCAAUUGUAAAAGAGCCUUUGCGUGUCCCUAUUUCAGAUCAGACUUCUAUCAGAACAACAAAGAAUGGAGCAAAAAUGUCGACGCCAUUCUCUUUAAUAAUUUUAUUUUUUAUCGCAAACCUUCUUAUUGAUGGGGUAGCAUGACAUAUAUGUUACAAUUUUUUUUUAUACUGCUUUUGUUUUGUCAAUUAUACAAUAUCACUUAUAUAGUGUUAACAUCAAGUAAAGUCUUUCUUUUGAAUAAAGAAUAAUAUUUUUCGUCUUAUUUUUUGUACUUUGUUUUUGUUUUUGCACGUCAAAUUAAUGACCUAAAACAAAAAAAUAAUAAUAAUUGAAAAGUCUAAAAAGUUAAAGUUUUUCUUUAUUGUUGAAUUCCUUUUUGUUGAAAGAUAUUAAACUUUCUUAAUAGAGAUUGUUCUAUCUGACGUAUCCGUAUAAGUAUCCGUAUCCGUAUCCGUAUCGAGAUAUGAAAGGCAUCACGAUCCCGAUGUCUUAACAAUCUGGUUACAUUUCCAUCGUUUCAUGUUUGAUUUUUAACCUCAUUCACUAAAAAAUGAUAUGCAGUGUGAUAUUUUUAAUAAAAAACAUAUCAGUUAAUGUACACGCCUUAUGCAUCAUGUUUUGGGGGGAGAAGGGGAGGGGGUAAAA